AUGAAUUCUCCCUCGACGAUGAUACAAAGCUUGCAUCAUAAACUUUCUCUUGUUUUUCUUUGUGUUAUGGUCGAGAGUGAGGAAGAGAUAAGCAGAAAACGAACGAGGGAAGAUUGUCAAGCGAACUCGAACGGGGAAAAAGGGGCGGAAGAGAAGGAGAAAAAGAUUACGCAAAAACCCUCUAAUCAUAUCAACUUCAAUUUUAGAAACUCGAGACACUCUGAUAAAAAAAUGAAGCAACAUGGAAACGUCCAAUUGUGUUUUUUGAUAUCUCAAUUUGAGUGGAAAUGGAUAAAAUUUCCAGUACGUUGUGGAUGGGAAGAAAAACGAUUCUCUCUUGUCUUUAAACGGAAUCCAACUUCUGACCACUUUGGUGGGUGA